GAGACACUCACUUAGAUGGGCUGCUGCACCCUGUUUAUUGACGUCUUUUCCUUCUGUUUAGGCAAAGGAGGUAAAAACAGACGACGAGGUAAGAAUGAGAAUGAAUCGGAAAAAAGGGAAUUGGUGUUCAAGGAAGAUGGACAAGAGUAUGCUCAGGUGAUCAAGAUGUUAGGAAAUGGAAGAUUGGAGGCAUUAUGUUUUGAUGGUGUAAAGAGGUUAUGUCAUAUCAGAGGAAAGUUGAGAAAAAAGGUUUGGAUAAAUACAUCUGACAUCAUAUUGGUUGGUUUGAGAGACUACCAGGAUAACAAGGCUGAUGUCAUUCUAAAAUAUAAUGCAGAUGAAGCCAGAAGUCUGAAGGCAUACGGAGAACUUCCAGAGCAUGCUAAAAUCAAUGAAACAGACACAUUUGGUCCUGGUGAUGAUGAUGAAAUCCAGUUUGAUGAUAUUGGAGAUGAUGAUGAAGAUAUUGAUGAUAUCUAAAUUGGGCUAAGAGGUUUACAUUCCAACUUUUUUCCUCCAAGGAUUGUUCUACAUUGAUAUUUUGAUUUUUGGGUAAAGUCCCUUUCUUUUAAGAAGACUGAAACGUAUCAAUAAUGAGUGUAGUUUGUUACAUCAAAUGGAUUUAUUUUCAAUGUUUGUUUUAAAGUAUUUAUAUUUCUUUAGAAAUGGAUAAUGCUGGAUUAUCAUAAAGGUUAAAUAAAAUGCCACAACUGCAGGCUCUUUGAAAAAUAAGAGCUUGUUCCUCUGGGUGUAAGAAAGACACAGUUACAUCUGCUGUAAAGGUCUUGCCUCUUCUGCUUUCAUCACUACAUUUCCAGUUAAACCUGAAUUUUGAAAUAAAAAUUGUUUACCCUGUAAUUAUGGAUUUUGAUUAAAUACCCAGCUCAGAUUAGUGUCUAGGCAUAUUAUGCAGUGUCUGGUCAUAUACCCCUUGCCUUGAAGCUACCUUGAAAAGACUUUGAUAAUAUAAAAGAAAGGCAGAAAUCUGCAUUUAAAUCCAUAAUGUAUGGAUCUGCUUUUCAUGUUUUACUAGCAUGCUGCUAUUUUUAUACUGAUUUUUUGAUAAUUCAGCACUCAUUAUUUCAAAGAUGUAAAUUUGCCACAACGUGGGGAGGAAUAAAUGUAAAAAGCAAGCAGCAUCUCAAAUUUGCAGUUGUUUAAAACUGUCACAUUUUAAUCACUCUUCUGUAUUUGUAAGUACAGUAGUUACACCGUAGUUGCAGAAGCUAAACACUGGGUGACAUUCGAUUUUAGCAGUGAUUAUAUUGAUACAAAAUAUUAACAGUUUAACAGCUAAUGGAGGGGUUUUUUUGUAUUGAAACAUACAUAAAAUACUUUUUCCUUGACCCAGAUAAAUGCCACACGUCCUUGGUUUGUUAAACAUUAUAUAUAUAAUAUUUUUACAUUAUAAAAAGGUUAUGUUAAAAGUAAAGUUUUAUUUUGAUCUUAAGUUCCAUACAUUGUAAGGUGUGGAUCACAUUAAAGUGUGUAAACAUUGAAUAACUGAAUAUAAAUUGAAAAAUUAAAAUCUUUUUAUCCAGAACUAAUGAGACAAACUAGUGGAAAGCUUAUCUCCAGCUUCUGAAUGGAGGAGUUACAGCUAAGAAGUUGAAUAAAGACUAACAUCAUCAUGCAAAUAUUUUCAUGUAGUAGCCUUAGUUUGUGUCUCUUUAAUUAUGUAUUUUGAAUUUGACAUUUCUGAAGACAAGAUAACAUGGAGAAUUUAACUCUUUAUUUUGUGCCAUAUAAAUUUGAUUCUUGACACUUGUAUUCAUUAUACAGUCUAUUAGGUUGAUGUAAAGUGACUAUCGCAAUAGAGAAAACAAGCUUAAAACAUGAA